AUGUCUCAGGAGGGUUUUUUUUCCGAUUUCACACACGUAUCUUUCUUCAAGGACUCUAGACGCCACUUCACCCGCGGAAGCACAGGUUUCAACGGAAAUUCUACUUCCACUGCUUCCUCUGCAACAGACACUCUAUUCAGAUAUACUAUUUCGGCGGCUUUUGAGCCCAAGAACAGACUCAAGGACGAGGCUGAAGAGGGCGAGUUGAUUCGCAAGUCCAAAAAGCACAUCACGGUUGCGGGUUCAAAUGCAAUCGACUCUCCCACUGGUGAAGACAACUUUGUGAUGGCAGUGGCUGAAGAUGGAACAGCCAUAGUGGGUGUUGCAGAUGGUGUUGGUGGUUGGAGCGAACAGGGUUACGACUCUUCAGCCAUCAGCAGGAAACUGUGCAGAUGUCUCGAGGAGGUGUUUUUGGCCUUACGGGCUAAACGUGAGCCGAUUCCGGAGCCUCGAAAACUUCUGUCUCUGGCUUUUGAAAAGGUGAAGGAUAGUGGAGAAGUUGAGGUGGGUAGCACCACUGUUUGUUACGGGACCAUUGAUGAGUAUGGCGCCUUGAAAGUUGCCAAUCUCGGUGACUCUUGGUUUGGUGUGUUCAGGCAGGAUGAGGCAGGAGUUGCUGGUUCUCGUUUUAAGUGCGUUUCUGAAUCGACGGAGCAAACCUACUACUUCAAUGCACCUUACCAGCUAUCGAUAAUACCGGAGAGGAUCCUGGAUGCUGGCAAGAAGAGACAGGCCAAUUACCUAAGGAACGAGCCAGCAGAGUCCGAUGUGUAUGAGCAGCAGUUGCAAAGGGGGGACGUUGUUGUGUUUGGCACCGAUGGAGUUGGUGAUAAUGUAUCUGUGGCUGACAUCGAGUUGUAUUUGACAGACUCGUUUGCACCAUUUCAGGAUAGCUCCAAGGACUCACGAAUUUUGUAUGAUAAAGCCCAGUUGGAGCAUAUCAACUCAAAAUUCGUCAAAGCUGUCAAAACCCUAAGCAACGACAUUAAGUACCCCAGUGUGUUCUCCCAACGGCUAUCUGAGGUUACCGGCCAGCCUUACAUCGGAGGUAAGCCAGAUGAUAUCACGUCAGUCAUCGUCUACGUGGAUUAA